AUGAAUUCGAUACGGAAUACAGAAGUAGAAGAGUCAUCAUCUUUUUAUGAUUACUAUGCUGACACUAAAGCGAAAGUAAAAACACAUCAUGUAAUGUUAGUGUUUUUUAUAAUUACGGUCAUAGUUUUAUUCCAUUUUAGACACAAAUUGGCAGCAGCACAUGAUAGAUAUAGGACUAGAAGACGAUUACGUUUUAGUAGAAUCCCAUCCGAUGAGAAUGGCUUUGAAGAUGACUUGGAAAAUGGCCUUAGCAGUAGCACAUUUGAUAUAGGGGAAAAUAUCUCAAAUAAUGAUCAAAGACAAGGGUUACUGCAAAAUGCAAAGGAAGAGGUCAAAAGAAUAAUGGACAAUAGUAAUUUAACAUUCGAUCAAGCUAGAUACCAAUAUACCCAACAACAAUUGGACGAAAACGGAAUUGGAAAAGAUGGCACCCCUCUUGACCCUAAAACUGUAACCUUCAGUCAUCGAUAA